AUGUCACCUAAAUUAUCCCAGGUCUGCUUUCACAAGAGUGAGACUGGAUCGUCACCUAGCCCACCGAGAGCUCUAUAUCAGAGGUCGUCCAAAUUUUUCAUUGUUCUCACGGUUGCCUUUUCAAUUUUUACCGAUAUCUUCCUGUAUGGCGUGAUUGUACCAGUCAUUCCUUUUGCGUUACACCAUAGGAUUGGCAUUCCACCUGAAAGAGUGCAAGCCUGGACAUCAAUUCUUCUCGCGACCUUUGGAGGUGCACUGCUUGUAUGUUCUGUCUUCAGCGGCUGGCUUUGUGACAGGAUCCAUUUACGGAAAUGGCCAUUUCUUGGUGCGCUGUUGAUACAAGGAGCAGCGACGUUGAUGUUAUGUCUGGCUACUUCUACAGCGGCACUGCUGACCGCUCGGAUUCUCCAAGGCGCGUCUGGAGGCGUGGUAUGGACAGUCUCCUUGACUAUCAUGACAGACAAGGUCGAAUCUGCUGGAUUGGGACAGGCCUUGGGCUACGUUGCCAUCGCAAGGAGUCUUGGCGUUGUCAUGGGCCCUCUGCUAGGUGGCGUAUUAUAUGAGCGGACCGGCUACUACUCGGUGUUUGCCCUUUCAUUCGUAUUCCUCGCAAUUGACGGCGUCUUCCGACUGUCGUUCAUUGAGGCGCGCACAGCAAGCAAAUGGUUGGCUACCAAGAACACGGAAGACCUAGCCGAGACCACUACCAAGAAGGAACCAAACAAGCCAGUGAGACGGGGAUCCUCAAUAUCAGAAGCAUCGCCAUUCCGAAGAUAUGCACACCGAGUACAUCGGCGCCUCCCCCCGGUCAUUACUCUCUUAGCUGAUCUUCGCCUAGAUGUUGCUCUUUGGGGUAGUUUCCUGCAGGCUGUAUUCAUGUCAGGCUUUGACGCCACUAUUCCCAUCUUUGUUUCCCGAACCUUUGGUUGGAAUUCCCUGGCUGCCGGUCUCAUUUUUCUUGCCCUGGUCGUUCCCACGUGCAUAUCUCCAAUCAUUGGCUGGCUCAGCGACAAGCAUGGGCCCCGAUGGUACACCGCUGCUGGAUAUCUUCUCAGCGCAAUCCCUCUGAUAUUGCUUCGAUUGGUCGAUCACGACAGUACCCAGCAGAAAGUACUACUUGGUGCUCUUCUCGCCCUCCUUGGAGCUUUUGGCACACUUUUCGAGAUUCCGAUCUGGGCUGAGAUCUUCAGGUGUACAGAGAUCUGGACCAUGGCCAACCCUCGUCAAUAUAGCGCCGGUGGGGCUGUUGGCCAGGCAUAUGGCCUGUCAAACUUCUUCUACUCGCUUGGUUUUACUGUGGGUCCACUUCUUACAGGGUUCACCUACGAGGCUGCUGGUUGGAGCAAUAUGGUUCUCGUGUUAGGCAUCACGUCUGUUGUCAGUACGAUUCCAACAGUUCUUUGCACGGGUGGUUAUAUCUGGAGAAGGAAAACGGAACGUGUCGAUGGUGUGUCAGAUGGUGGUGUUGCUGGUAGUUAA